GGUAUCCUCUGAGUUAAUCUUGCUCUUGGAACCUUCUGUAUGAUUGUUCACUUUUACUGCAACAGUGAUACAGGGUAUCUACAUUUUAUAAUGCUAAAAGAAGACAAACUGUAACUAGUUGGUGUGUGUUGGGUGUCCCCUCUCUGGAAAUCUUCUGCGCUCUCAUUUUCCAAACAAUAUUUAAGGGUUAAUUGUCACAUGUGCCUCUUGCGGAUAGUAGGAAUGAAUUGCAGCCUUUAGUGUACUGUGCAGUUAAUCCUGCAGUUUGUAGUUUGUAGUCCUGACAUGUCAACAGAGUUAACUGUUAUCCUUGCUACCAUGACUUAGUGAAAUAAUCACUGUAUUAAUAAUGACUUAUUGAGAGUGAGUGAGAUUUAGUGCUCUGACAACCUGAACUGUCAGUGGAUUGUAGCACUUAGCCUGCAUGGCAUCUCUUCUAACUGGGACUUUGAAUAUGGGAACCUUCUUAAGCAUUGUAAGACGUCGCUAUAAAAGGAGGCGUAAGAAACGUUCUGAGAGGAAAGAUAGAAGCUGUCUGCGCCAGUCAAGAAACCAGCAAAAAUAUUUCACAAUGGAUAUAGAUGAUGAAGAAAAUAUGAGUUCAAGCAGCACUGAUGUUAAAGAAAACCGCAACAUGGACAACGUUCCACCUAAGGAUAGCAGUGUACAAAGUACCGGGGAGGGGUCACAACUCUCAAAUGGUGGCAGCAGCAGCAGAAAACGCCCAUUGGAGGAGGGUAACAAUGGACACUCCAAGUUCCGCCCUAAGAAGAGGAAGAAAACCCCAGGGCCUGUUUUGCCAAAGAAUGCUCUGAUGCAACUGAAUGAAAUUAAGCCUGGUUUACAGUACAAGCUUCUCUCCCAAACAGGACCAGUUCAUGCCCCUAUUUUUGUGAUGGCAGUUGAAGUUAAUGGACAGGUGUUUGAGGGAUCUGGCCCUACAAAAAAGAAGGCAAAGCUUCAUGCUGCUGAGAAGGCUUUGAGAUCUUUUGUUCAGUUUCCAAAUGCCUCUGAAGCACAUCUAGCAAUGGGGAGAACACUCUCGGUAAAUACAGACUUUACAUCUGACCAAGCAGAUUUCCCAGACACACUUUUCAAUGGGUUUGAAACACCAGUUCAGACUGAUAAUUCCUUUUAUUUAGGGUCCAAUGGAGAUGGAUCCUAUAGCUCCAGUAUAGACUACAGUCUGUCGUCCUCCUCCGUGGCUGGUAGUCUUAUCCAGUCCCCUCUUCCCACACCAUCAUCGUAUCCAUCCACCAGCGGAAAGAACCCUGUGAUGAUUCUGAAUGAGCUGCGGCCAGGGUUGAAGUAUGAAUUUCUCUCAGAAAGUGGAGAAAGCCAUGCUAAAAACUUUGUGAUGGCAGUGGCAGUGGAUGGUCAAACUUUUGAAGGGUCAGGAAGGAACAAAAAGCUUGCAAAGGCUCGGGCUGCUCAGUCAGCUCUUGCAUGCUUAUUUAACAUGCAGCUUGAUCAGACACCAUCUCACCAGCCUAUUCCCAGUGAAGGUCUCCAAUUACAUUUGCCACAGGUUUUAGCUGAUGCUGUUGCACGUUUGGUUGUGGAUAAAUUCAGUGAUUUGACUGAUAAUUUCACAUCUCCCCAUGCACGUAGAAAAGUUCUUGCUGGAAUUGUUAUGACAACAGGUACAGAUGUGAAGGAUGCCCAGGUUAUAAGUGUUUCCACAGGGACAAAAUGCAUAAAUGGAGAGUACAUGAGUGACCGUGGUCUUGCAUUAAACGAUUGUCAUGCAGAAAUUAUAUCUCGAAGGUGCCUGCUUAAAUUUCUUUAUACGCAACUUGAGCUGUUCGUAAGUAAUAAAGAAGAUCAACAAAAAUCCAUCUUUAUCAAGUCUGAACGAGGAGGAUUUAAACUGAAAGAAAAUGUCCAAUUUCAUUUGUAUAUCAGUACCUCCCCAUGUGGAGAUGCUAGGAUUUUCUCACCACAUGAAGCAGCGCAAGAGGAUCAGGGAGACAGACAUCCAAAUCGUAAAGCAAGAGGACAGCUCCGGACAAAAAUAGAAUCUGGAGAAGGGACAAUUCCUGUCAGAUCUACUACUACAAUCCAGACAUGGGAUGGAGUAUUACAGGGAGAAAGACUGCUUACCAUGUCUUGCAGUGACAAGAUAGCUAGGUGGAAUGUGUUGGGUAUUCAAGGAUCCUUACUUAGCCUCUUUGUGGAGCCAAUUUACUUCUCUAGUAUCAUCUUGGGGAGUUUAUAUCAUGGGGACCAUCUGUCCAGAGCAGUAUACCAGCGGAUAGCAGAGAUAGAAGAUCUACCUCCUCUGUAUACGCUCAACAGACCUUUACUUAGUGGUAUUAGCAAUGCAGAAGCCCGACAACCAGGAAAAGCACCUAAUUUCAGUGUAAACUGGACAGUAGGCGAUACUGCUCUUGAAGUUAUUAAUGCCACAACUGGAAAGGAUGAGAUGGGUCGUGCAUCUCGCCUUUGUAAGCACGCUUUGUACAGUCGCUGGAUGCGUAUUCAUGCAAAGCUUUCCUCUAGCCUGCGCUCAAAGAUCCUCAAACCGAACCUGUACCAUGACACUAAGCAGGUGGCCACUAAGUAUCAAACUGCCAAAGAGUGUUUGUUUAAAGCAUUCCUGAAGGCAGGGCUUGGAGCCUGGGUGGAGAAACCAAUAGAGCAGGAUCAGUUUUCUCUCUCUGUCUAAUUCAUGGACUGAACAUCACUUUGGAACGGGGGGUCGUUCUGGAAAUCCUGGCUUCCGGCAUCAUUUUCUGGCAUUAGCUGCCAAAGCAUCUUUUUAACAUUUUGAGACUAACUAGCAAAUUGAUGUUUUGUUUUGCUCAAAUAUUGGAAGUUGAUGAUAAGUUGCAACAAUAAUUCUAUAUUUUGUUAUAAACAUUGUUUUGGUUUACUUCUCUAGAAAAUCCUUUUACUGUAGAAAAAAUUCAGGAAGGCUUUAUUUAACAGUACCAGAACUCAUUUUUCUGGGCUAGAAAUAAUUCCCUUUUUUAUGCAAUGUAAGCAAGUGCAUGAAAACGAUGUAGAUUGCAUUGGGUUUUACACUGCAUUUUUCUUAGUAGCUUAAUUUUUAAAAAGCUAAAAAUUUAAUUUCUGCUUUUCUGUUAGCUUGUUUUGUUUCUUUUAUUUGCAGAGGUUUAAUUGCAGAGCAUAUGGGUGACAAAGCCAGAAUGGAUUUUGGACAGCUAGCUUUUUCCUUCCUUCUCUUUAAAACCAGCUGCUGAAAACUUCAUGUCUUUGAUGUAUGUAUUUAUUAGUCUGUGACCUGGUUUUUAACAUAUAGCUUUUUAUUCUGUUUUUAAAAAUACCUUUACCUCCCAUUUACACUGUAAAGUCAUCAUUUUUUUACCUCUGGAAACUGGAAAAAAAUAAGUAUUAGUAAGUUAAGAAAUGUAGUCUGUAGUGCACAAACCUAUUUAGAAGUAGGCAAUUUGUAUAUCCCAGGAGCUCAUGUGAACACUAUCAUACAUUAACAGUAAUGUGGCAACUUCAAAAAAACAGUUUUUAAUUUUGGGGAAUUAAUUCUGAUUUGUCCAAAAUAACCUAUUAAUAGAAUAUUAAUUAAAAAAUUUUCAAAGAAAUGAAGCCUACUAAGAAUGAAGGAACUGUAAGACUUCGUUCUUGUGGUUUUCAGACACUUAAGUCCUGUUUUUUUAAUUAGUUUAGAAUAGCAGUAACUACCUCAGCACAGGACAUUUCCUGGGGAGGAGUAACUCCAUGUGUGUUACGGCAAGUGAUGGAAAAAAAUAUUUCCGGACGGUUAUGAAUGUGCUGGAAAUGAUCUGUCCUGGCAAUCAUUAUUGCUCAAUUACAAAUCAAAAUGAAAAAAGUUAUCAAGACUAGAAGUUGCCUGAAGAUUUUAUUAAACCUCCUAAUUAGAGUCUUUAGGAAUGU